AUGGCAGACGUUGCUGCAGUAGUAGAAGAAGAGCGCCUUGAUGUUCUCACAAAAACCGGAGAAGUUCAUAGAGAUGGAGAUUACCACAGAGCAGUUCACGUGUGGAUUUUUGCAGAAAGCACACAAGAAUUGCUUCUUCAACGCCGUGCCGAUUGUAAGGAUUCAUGGCCUGGCCAAUGGGAUGUCUCAAGCGCUGGCCAUAUUUCUGCUGGUGAUUCUUCACUUGUAUCCGCUCAGCGAGAGCUUCAGGAAGAGUUAGGGAUUAGCCUCCCGAAAGACGCUUUUGAACCUAUUUUUAUUUUUCUUCAGGAGUGUGUUAUAAAUGAUGGGAAAUUCAUCAAUAACGAGUUUAAUGAUGUGUAUCUUGUGACAACUGUAGAUCCAAUUCCUCUUGAAGCAUUUACUCUUCAGGAAACAGAAGUAUCUGCUGUUAAAUACAUUUCGUAUGAGGAAUACAGAAGCUUCCUUGCCAAAGAAGAUCCUGAUUAUGUGCCCUAUGAUGUAAACGAACAGUAUGGUCAACUCUUCAACGUCAUUAGGCAAAGGUACAAAGUAAACACUGUAGCACGCAGUUUGAGUCUACAAAAGCAACUCUGUCGAUAUGCUCCUGUUUCUCUGACUGCGGAGUUGUCAAGUCUAUCAGAUGCAGACAGGAAGGCUCUUGGUUUACUUAUCAAGGCUGCAAAACUUAUGGAUGAAAUAUUCUUCCUUCAGGUUUGGUACAGUAAUCCAGCUCUAAGAAAUUGGUUGAAGGAGCAUGCUGGUGCAUCAGAAUUAGACAAACUAAAAUGGAAGUAUUAUUUGAUUAAUAAGAGCCCAUGGUCCUGUCUUGAUGAAAAUGAGGCAUUUUUAACAACCGCAGAUUCAGCCAUCAAGUUGCUUCCUCAAGCAACGAAGGCAGUCAGUGGAUGGAAGGGUCUGGAAUAUAAAGCAGCAUUUCCCAUGCUAAAACCACCUGGUGCAAAUUUUUAUCCUCCAGAUAUGGACAAAAUGGAAUUUGAAUUGUGGGCAGACAGUUUGCCAGAGAAUCAACAAAAUGAUGCAACGAGUUUUUUCACUGUCAUCAAAAGACACAGUGAAUUGAGUUUGGACUCUUCUUUACCUAAUCACGUGGUUCAUGGUAAAAAUGAUUUAGCGGGUACUCUUGAUCUAUAUAGUGUUCCUUACUCAAAGGAGUAUAACUCCUAUCUUUCAAAAGCUGCGGAACUGUUGCAUGAAGCUGGGGACUUGGCUGGCUCACCUAGUUUGAAGAGGUUACUGCACGGCAAGGCUGACGCAUUCCUCUCAAAUGACUAUUAUGAAUCGGAUAUAGCCUGGAUGGAAUUGGUUAGUACACAGAAUACUUUUGAUAUUCCAAAAAACGCUCAUAGUUGCGUGUUUGAGGAAGCUGGUGGAAUUAGGAAAGGAGCAAGUGAGGCACUUGGAAGUCUACUGAGGUCUUCUUUCUCCAUGUCUACCAAGGACUCUAAGCUGGAUGUUACCAUAGGUCCAUAUGAGACGUAUGAGGAUACAAUUUUCGGGUACAAGGCGACAUUUGAAGCAUUCAUUGGUGUCCGGGAUGACAAAGCAACAGCUCAACUUAAACUCUUUGGUGAUAAUUUGCAGUUUUUGGAGCAAAAUCUUCCAAUGGACAACACAUACAAAUCAAAACAUGUCAAUGCUGCUCCCAUACGGGUCAUCCAGCUUGUUUAUAACGCAGGGGAUGUAAAGGGUCCUCAGACUGUUGCUUUCAAUUUACCAAAUGAUGAACGUAUAGUAAAAGAUCGAGGAUCGUCAAUGGUCAUGCUUAAGAAUGUUUCAGAGGCAAAGUUCAAGCAUAUCCUUCAGCCCAUAGCUCAAGCAUGUAUUAGCAAGGAACAAAAAGGACUGGUAGAUUUUGAAUCUUUCUUUACACACACUAUCUGCCACGAGUGCUGCCAUGGUAUUGGGCCUCACACUAUCAAACUUCCAGAUGGCCAAACGUCUACAGUGAGAAAGGAGCUGCAAGAACUCCACUCAGCUUUGGAAGAAGCUAAAGCCGAUAUAGUUGGCCUUUGGGCCCUCAAGUUCUUAAUCAGCCAGGAUUUGCUUCCAAAGAGCCUGGAAAAAUCUAUGUAUGUUUCAUUCCUCACGGGAUGCUUCCGCUCAGUUCGUUUUGGUUUAGAGGAAGCUCAUGGGAAAGGACAAGCACUGCAGUUUAACUGGUUAUUUGAGAAAGAAGCCUUCAUUUUGCAUUCCGAUGAGACAUUUUCUGUUGAUUUUGCCAAGGUUGAAGAGGCAGUUGAAAGCUUGAGUAGAGAGAUACUUACCAUACAGGCAAAAGGUGACAAGGGGGCUGCAAAUUCGCUGCUUCAGAAAUACUGUAAAAUGACACAUCCAUUAAAAAACGCACUGGAAAGAUUAGAGAGUGUUCAGGUGCCUGUGGAUAUAACUCCCCAAUUUUCCGUUGUUAAUGAAAUAGCAAAGCAAAGUUAG